GACUAUCUCUUGAUUUGCGAGGUAGUGAAGUCAUAACAACGCAGAAUUCUGUCGAUGGAGAUGAUCCCUUCUACGCACGGUUCGCUGUUGACCGAGACCUCAGUACAUUCUCGCACACUGGUUGGAGAACACUAGAGCAACGCACCAACCCUUGGUGGAAAGUGGACCUCGGCGGUGUCCACUGUUUGAGGAAAAUCACACUUAUAAAUGCAAUACAUCAUGCCCAUCGAUUAGAAGGCAAUGUAGUUCGUGCUGGACUGAACUCCAACCACCUGCUCAACCCGGAGAUAGGACGAGUUGCAGCCAGUCAAACUCUUAGCAGAGCGGUGAUAGAUUUCACUCCGGAGCCGUACGUCAUUGCGCAAUACGUUAGCGUGGAUAUCCAUGGAAGCGACCCUCAGACUAUAGUUCAGUUGACAGAGGUCAUGGUGGAAGAGGUCAACACGGCCACAACGAAGCAGGCCAUAAGAAAAGGCAUGGACAGAGAUAGUAGGCGUAUGUGUUGCAAACAGAGGUUGAUAAUUUUUUGCAAUUAAUAAAUGAUCACAUGAGGACCUUUAGAAAAGCGCUCUCUUUCUACAUGCCUCUUCUAACCAGUGUCUUUCUGUCUUUAAAGUUCAGAAGC